UUCGCUCUCUCCAGCGCACUUGGCGAGCUGGGGAGGUGAGAGGGAUCCUGCGAGCGGGCGCGGGGCGGCUGGUCCGAAGCCGCCGGCGGAGGAGAAGCGCGGACAGACCGACUCUCCCCUGCUCUCCGGCCCCCGCUUCUCCCCGUAGCGGGCCGGACCUGCACCCAGCGCUUGCCCCCGCUCAUCCUCCCCCCCGCCCGGCCAGGCGCGCUCCUCCCCGGCCGGCCCCUCGGCGCGCGGCGCGCUGGAGGCGAACGCGGGCUGAGCCGCGCGCAGUGGCCGCCGACCACCGAGCGCCCCGCGCCGCUCCCUGCAUGUGCGGCCCGCGGCGGCUCGCAGCCCCCGGCAGCAGCCUCGGCAGCUUCGGCCGCGCCUCGAGAGGCGGCUGCAGCGGCUCCAGCGGCGGCCGAGCGGCCGAGCCCGGGCUGGGAGACACGAUGCGCCGCGUCCUCCGGCUGCUCCUCGGCUGCUUCCUCACCGAGCUGUGCGCCCGCGUGUGCCGGGCGCAGGAGCGAGCGGGGCACGGGCAGCUGGCGCAGCUGGGCGGCGUGGUAGUGCUGGCGGGGGGCAACCGCUCCGGGGGCGCCUCCGGAGAGGCCGGUGAGGGCGCGGGGGUCUCGGACGCGCCCCCUACCCGGGCGCCCACGCCGGACUUCUGCAGGGGCUACUUCGAUGUCAUGGGCCAGUGGGACCCGCCGUUCAACUGCAGCUCGGGCGACUUCAUCUUCUGCUGCGGGACUUGUGGCUUCCGGUUCUGCUGCACGUUUAAGAAGCGGCGAUUAAACCAGAGCACCUGCACCAACUACGACACUCCGCUCUGGCUCAACACCGGCAAGCCCCCCGCGCGCAAGGACGACCCCCUGCACGACCCCACCAAGGACAAGACCAACCUGAUCGUUUACAUCAUCUGCGGGGUGGUGGCCGUCAUGGUGCUCGUAGGCAUCUUCACCAAGCUGGGGCUGGAGAAAGCGCACCGGCCCCAAAGGGAGCACAUGUCCAGGGCCCUUGCAGAUGUCAUGCGGCCCCAGGGCCACUGCAACACUGACCACAUGGAGAGGGACCUCAACAUUGUGGUUCAUGUCCAGCAUUAUGAAAACAUGGAUACCAGAACCCCCAUAAAUAAUCUUCACACAACCCAGAUGAACAAUGCAGUGCCCACCUCGCCUUUGCUCCAGCAGAUGGGCCAUCCCCAUUCGUACCCCAGCCUGGGCCAGAUCUCCAACCCCUACGAGCAGCAGCCACCGGGCAAAGAGCUCAACAAGUAUGCCUCCUUGAAGGCAGUUGGAAGUUCUGAUGGUGACUGGGCAGUGGCGACACUUAAGUCACCAAAAGCCGACAAGGUCAAUGAUGACUUCUCCUCCAAGCGACGGCACCUGGCCGAGCUGGCCGCCAAGGGGAACCUCCCUCUGCACCCCGUAAGAGUAGAUGAUGAGCCACGGGCCUUCAGCCCUGAGCACGGCCCUGCCAAGCAGAAUGGACAGAAGUCCCGCACCAACAAGAUGCCCCCACAUCCCCUGGCCUACAACUCCACCACCAACUUCAAGGGCUGGGACCCCAACGAGCAUUCCCUCCGGAGGCAGGCUUACGGUAACAAGGGCAAGCUUGGCGCCGCCGAUUCGGGCUCCAGCGACCCCUUGGGGACUCGCACCCAGCACUACCCACCCCCACAGCCAUACUUCAUCACCAACAGCAAAACAGAAGUGACUGUCUGAGCUUUCACUACAGGGAGCAUCCUGGAGACCAUACUCAACUGAGAGAGGCAAAAAAUACCCCCGGCCUACACCCUCCCUGUCCCCCCCGACCCGCUCUCCCACACCCCGACUCCCCACACCAACCAACAACAAACCUGCUGGUGACGUGAAAUCACGCUUUUCUUGGGUCAUGCCUAACACGUGUCAGCGUGCAGCUGAGCAAGAUGGAAGCAGGGGUGUUCAGCAAUACAGCAAAGGGGAAACUGAGGCACGGCUCUUUCGACUUCAGGCCCGAGGUGGCCAACUCACAUGCGCACGUUGUGGGGCUAAUUUUUUUUCUUUUCCUCCUGACUUAAAACUGAAAUCCAUGACAAAAGAAAUUGAAAGUAGCACAACUUAGAGAAAUUGCCCAUUUGAGCACAUCCGCCAUUUACCAUGUGCUGUCCGUUCUGGGAUGAAAGAGCCAGGUUGGGGCAGGGGGAGCCCGAGAGUGGACAUGAGAGGAGAGUGUGUUUAAGAGGAGGACUCACUGGGGAGGAAGCCGUGUACAUCAUAAGUGUUUUCUAAUCCCAAGAAGUAGUGACAUGGACACACAGUUUUGACAAGCGUGAGACAGUAACUGGACCCCAACCGUUCUACUUAUAGUACUUUUCAUAUCGUCCAUGUUGGAAGCAAAAAAAAAAAAA